CCAUUUUCUUAAUUAAAACAAAGAAGAAAAAGAAACAACUUUGUCUUCCAAAUUUCUCUUCUAUUGUUCCUCUGGUUUUAUUUUUAAGAAAAACCGCAUUGCUUUAAAACUAGCUGGCACCUACCAAUUCAAAUUCUUCAAAUUAGGGUUCAUAAAAACACCCACUUCCAUUCCCAUAUAAAUGUCAUAGCAGUGAUUUUUUUAAUUCAGCAAUAUUAUUUCGUUUCAAUUUAUUAUUCUUAUUUAUAUAUUCUUUUUGGAUCCCAAGUUCCCAACACUUUUGUUUUUUGUGCUCUUUAUCUUGUCGAUGUUUUGAAAUGGCUGCGCCGAGGAAUGUGUUGAGGGACGAGGAAAGUGCCGCGGCGGCGUUGUUGAACAACAGCAGCAAGGAAGAUGACGAUUCCCCAACUGGGAAGAGGUUAAAAUCGGAAAGGUUUCCCGUUUCGAGGUGGGAAUUGGCUGCCUUUUUUGGGGUUUUCUUGAUUUUUUCUACCGGUUUGUUCUGCAUCUACCUUACUAUGCCUGCCACCGAGUACGGGAAACUCAAGAUCCCGCGUUCCAUCUCCGAUCUGCGCUUGCUGAAAGAUAAUAUUGCAACAUAUGCAAGUGAUUAUCCAACACAAUUCAUUUUGGGUUACUGCUCGACUUAUAUCUUCAUGCAAACAUUUAUGAUUCCUGGAACAAUUUUCAUGUCUUUGCUAGCUGGAGCUCUCUUUGGUGUAAAAGGAGUUUUCUUGGUUGUCUUUAAUGCAACAGCUGGAGCAUGCUCUUGCUUUUUUCUGUCAAAGCUGAUAGGCAGGCCUUUGGUUAGUUGGUUGUGGCCUGAUAAAUUAAGAUUUUUUCAAGCUGAGAUUGCUAAGCGAAGGGACAAGUUGCUGAAUUACAUGCUCUUUCUGAGAAUUACUCCAACUCUACCCAACCUAUUUAUUAAUUUGGCUUCACCUAUAGUUGACAUACCGUUUCAUGUGUUCUUUUUAGCAACUUUUGUUGGCCUAAUACCAGCCUCCUAUAUAACUGUCAAAGCUGGUCUUGCACUUGGGGAUCUUAGGUCUGUCAAGGACCUCUACGAUUUCAAGACUUUGUCUGUGCUUUUCCUUAUCGGGUUGGUCUCCAUAUUUCCUACCCUUCUUAAGAAAAAGAAGAUAUAUGAAUAAGGUUAUGUUGGUGAAGUCUGUAGCAUCCUCCUGACUGUCAAUGGGGGAUUAAGAAUACAAAUUUUUACAAAUUUCAAAAUUUAGGAUCCAAGAAAGGAUAGAGCAUAGUAGAAGAUCCUCAUUUCUGCAGCUGAUUAUUGAAGAUCUACCAUUGACACAAAAUAUGAAAAGCAGAGGGCAGGAAAUUCCUUUUUUCUUAUAUUUCAUGUUAUGUUUACUUAAAGUCAUCUCCCAUUUAGAUUAUUUAAAACAUUUGGGAGUAAACUUUUUCUUUUUCUUCUUAGAAAUGCUUUGUACGCCAUUGACAGUUUUACUUUUACAGACAGCGCUACAUGAUAAUGUUGCUGUAGAAUUAUGUAAAAACUGUACUGAUAUAUAUAGUGUACUCAGUGGUAAAAGUUUGUCUUUUUUGA